AACAAAACCAACCUGACUUUCUAGUGCUAAAAUUGAAACCGUGUACGCGUCUUAACAACAAAUUGGUUAAAAAUGUGUAAGUGAAUUAUUUUCAAACUGCUGUCCGCCGUCCACCGACGGCUAUAUAAGAGACUAGUGGCAACGUGAGUCCCAGUCCCGGAUACGUCAGCCCCCCCACCACAACCCCCGCAACCGCGUGCUAGAGCGGCGAUGUUCCCUUCGUCUGGUCUCUUCGCUCGGCUACCUUGUCCGUUCCCCAACCGAUGCUGUAAACGACCCCAUUGUUGGUACAUGCAUGCCGAGGACGGGCGACGUUUGCAUGACUGCACUUCGCAAUUUUCUUCGUCUUGGUCGUUAUUAACGCCGUUCGACGGAACAGUCUCGUAUGCUACGCACAUUGUACAUGACGCCAGGGAUGAGUCCAUCCAAGAGCUCGAGCGUAUCAACAAGAAGAUUGAAACGGCCAAGUAUGAAGUAGAGCAGGAGCGAAGGCGGCUGUCACGGUAUCACGCUGCAGAUGUCUCCCCCCCUCAGGCAGAAGGUGAAAAUGCAAAUAGAGGUUGGUGUGGAGAACCCUCCCAAUCUGGGAAGUAUGUGCUUGACAACUCCAAGCCAAGGACAGACUUGGAAUACGAUCCCAUGUCCAACUUCAUGGCUGAAUUCAGGUCCAACAAGUCUGGUGACGAGCUAAAAGGGAAGUGUGUGCACCAGGGUGAAAAAAAGCCAGACAACAAUCAGGUGGAGCAAUGCUGCCCUCCUUCCCUGGAGACACAAGAGGACUCCUGUGAUGACAGCAUACUAAUAAUUGACAUACCAGACUCACCUGACAGGAAGUCUCCUCAAGCUCUCUGUGAUCUCACUACUCCCAUGAGAUCAAAACACGAGGUGGCAAGGAACAAAGACUGUGAAGGAUCUGCAAGUGUGAUUGACCUGACAGGGUGCGUUGAAGGCCCACAUGGAAAGAGUCCCACUUCUGAAGUCUGUUUUCAGUCUGCUGAGUUUGAAAUGGGUCAGCAUAAGAAUUUGGAUGUGGACGACAAACUGAUUUGUGUCAAGGUGACACAGCGAACCACAGAUUUCCAUGCACUCAAGAAAAAGGACUGCACUACACCCCUCAGCCAUCAGGACCCAGCAGAGACCCAGACAGUCCCAGACAACAGUCAUCUCCAGCCAGAAGUCGUCUCAUCUCCCAAAAAGGAUCUUUCUUGGAAAACGUCCAGUGAUGCCGUCAUUGUCAUCAGUUCCAGCUCCGACGAGGAUAAGGAACAAGAGCUUGACAUAGACCCGUCUGUUAGUGACACUACAGAGGAGUGCUAUCGUAUCUUCAUGGAGGCCAACAACCAGGAGAGCACCAGUCAGGAGGAGCCAGAGGUGUCUAUGGAACCUGUGGAUGUGGUGAAACCCGACGUACCUGUCAUCUCAAUAGUUAAACCGCAAGAAGUGCCUGCAAAGAGGAGGAUUGCGCAUGACUCCAAAAAUACAGAGGUCCCAGUGACGAAAAGGAGACCACAGCCUCUUAUUCUUGUUCCGCUGCAAGGACCAGUGACUUCAUCCCAUACCUCUCGGCCUGCUGCUGCCGCUUCCGUGUCUAGGGUUCACCAGGUUCAACAGAAGGCGGCCAUUUUGACAGACACCUUCAAAGGAGGCCAAGCAUUCCUUUCGUCCAACAUUCAGAAGGAGCAAGAAAGACAGUCCAUCCUCUCUCUGCCUCCUGUAACAGCGCUCAACGCUUCACCUGCUACUCAAUCAUACAUCAACUACGUACCUCUUGGCUCUGCAGUCCUUAAUGUGGGCGAAAACCUCCGCCUGAUACUCCCUCAGGGUACAGUGCCCAUCACCUCUACCUCCAGCGUUGUCACGUCUGUUCUCACCCCAAUAACUCAUUUGGGCCUGGCCUCCAUCAAUGCAAAGCCUGCAAAAGUGUCAGAACAAAAGUAUCGCUCCACCGCCCCACUGCUCAUUCCCGCCACCGCACGGAAACCAUCCCACCCCUCUGCGUUGGCACUUUCAACCGCCUCUAGUAACACAUCCAGCCAAGCAGCUGUAAUUAAGCCAGGAGUCCCUAAACGAAAAGCAAAGCAGCAAUGCGAGGGGGCCAAAGUGCCCCAUGACAUCAGACAGCGAUACGUAACUCAGUUCACGGAGGCGUUGCUCGACACCAGCGCCGACGUUGACGAGGCCUUCAGAAAGGCCCUGGCAGAGGAGAAAGCAGUUUACAAUCGCAGUGUAAACAAACUGAAGUAUCUCAGUGUCGCUGUGAAUGCACUGAAGAGGCUCAAAAAGCAUAAUUCCGUCAUUUCUAGUGAUGAGAAACUCAACUGUAAAAACCACAAAGGAAAUAUUCCACUCAACCGGAAGAAGCUCAAAGAAAAUGAUGACUGUUCUUUGUAUGAGAUUUUGAGGGAUUACAUUCUGACUGAGGAGCAGCUGAUUAUGAAUAAUUAUCCUAUCCAGCACCCCGAGAAACCCGGGUUCGCUGUCAUUUUGGAAAACAAGAAGGGCACCAACGACCCCCUCAAGAGAAUUUGCUGUCGGUGUGGUGCCACGUACUCUGUCAACAAAACCGGCAAACACAUCCGCACAGAGGAGUGCAACUAUCACUAUGGGAAAGGAGUGGAGAAAAGAGUGCCUGGUGGGGUGGAGACUCGCUACAGCUGCUGCCAGGGAGUCAUUGGAGCGCCUGGUUGCCAAAUCUUUAAGUUGCACGUUCAUGAUUCCCUCGCCAUGGAUGGAUAUGUGGCGACCAUCUCCAGUCAACCUGGAAAUACCAGCUGUCCAGGAGUCUACGCGCUCAACUGUGAAUUGUGUUACACAAUUCACGGAUUGGAGCUGUUACGAUUGACUGUCGUGGAUUCAAGCCUCCAAGUGAUCUUUGACACGUUUGUCAAGCCGCAUAACGAGGUCAUCGACUACAACACCAGAUUUUCAGGCAUCAGUGAGCAGGAUGUGAGGGGCAACCACAUAUCUCUUGUGGAAGUGCAGAAGACCUUAUUGAGCUUCAUCAGCGCUGACACUGUUCUGAUCGGGCAUGGCCUCGAAACCGAUCUUUGUGCCCUGAAGUUACUCCACGGCAUGGUGGUGGACACGGCAGUGGUCUUCCCCCACCGCCUGGGGCCCCCACACAAGCUGAACCUCAACAGCCUCACGGCAGAGUACCUGACCAGGAUCAUUCAAGAUAGUGCCUGCGGUCAUGACACAGCGGAGGAUGCCGCUGCCUGCAUGGAGCUCAUGCUGCUGAAGUGCAAAGAAGGCAAAGUCAAAAAAUGAUGGAAAUAAGAACAACAAUGAACUUCCAUUGCAUAGUUAUAUACAUACAAAAAAAUUGUGAUGCAUAUGAAUUUUUUUUUUUUUUUUUUUAACUUUGUUUGCCAGUUUAAGAACUGAAAUAGUGUUUGACUAUGAAUGAGGAUAUGCCUGAAGUGGGUGGUCUCCUCAAUUUUUGUUGUUAGCAAUGGUUCAGUUAAAUAUUUAUAUAUUUUUGUUUGUCUGUUUGAGUUGGCCAAAGAACAUUUGAUGAGCUCCCAGGGUUGCAAUGCAUAUUAGGCCACACCCGUGAUGUUUGUGAUUGGUUACAGAUUCUGAAUGUCAUGCAUGCAGGUGAGUUCGAUUGUGAUUUCCACCAUAUUAAAAUAUUUUGUUACAAUACUGCUACUCAA